AUGAACAAUAGCUUCUCUUUUAAUAAUGAUGAUGUCCAACAAAUCGAACAAACAUUAUCAUCGUUUGAUUUAAGAUUUUUUCUUGUUCGUAUUUUUUAUCCAUGUCUACUCGUGUGGGGUACCAUCGGCAAUGCAUUAUGCUUACGUGUUUUAUUAAGUAAAAAAUUUUUGAAAAAUUCAACAUGUCAAUAUUUGGCUGUGCUCGCUGUUAUUGAUAUACUAUUUAUCGUGAUGCGUUCAAGCAAACAUGUUUAUAAACUAUUUCGUGUUACACCUAUAUUUAAUACAUCAAAAUGGAUAUGUCGUAUAUUAACAUUUUUUUCAUCGGCACUUGCACAUAUGGCAUCAUGGAUUUUAGUUAUUGUCAGUAUUGAUCGAUAUUUAAUAGUAACAAGUCGAUAUAGACGACAUAGUUCAUCUGUUAAUCGAGUUUUUUGUUCGACAAGCAUACUAAUUGCUGUUGUUCUACUAUGCAAUCUGUAUUAUUUCUUUAUACUUGGCCUAACAACAAAAUUCACGCCUCACGGAACAAAUUCAAACUACGAUCAAUAUGAUUUUUCAAACGAUACAAUGAAUAUGAAUGAUACGAAUAAUACUUUCUCCGAACCUAUGGAUUCUUUAGAUGCAUUCCAAGAGAAAACAACAUCCAUAUUUAUAUGUAUACCGAGUAACGGUUACGAACGUUUUUUUCGUAUUUAUAUACCUAUAUUUGAUAUAUUAUUCGUUGCUGUUAUGCCAUUUUUACUCAUUUGUUCAUCUAACAUUGGUAUUAUUGUCUAUACGAUGCAUAAAAAUCGCCAAAUGCGACAACAUCGUAAACGUGCACAUCGUCGUCAUCAACGAUUAACAAUAAUGUUGUUAUCCGUUACAUUAGCAUUUAUUGGUUUAACAUGUCCGUCAGUGAUAUUUAUAUGUGCAAAUAAAAUAAUUCAAUCAAAACGUUUGAAACGAGAUGAAAAAACAGACAGUCUGAGUGAACUCUUUGGCGGUGGUCAACCAUCACAUGUACAGCUAAUUGUUGAAGUAUGUGAAGCAUUAUGGUACACAAAACAUGCAAUGAAUUUUAUAUUAUAUACAUUGAGUGGACAAGAUUUUCGUCGAGAAUUUAUUAAACUAUUUACACAAUGUUUACCUAGUCGACCGCCGGUAUUGAAAAAAAUAAUUCGACGAAAUCCGAACCAAACUGAACCAACAGUUGAUACAGCAUUAAUUGAAAUACCAAUAAUAGCAAAUGAGAAUCAUAGGGAAAAGAAGAGAGCAAAUAAUAUGGCUGUAACAACGUCUAUUGUAUCUAUUAGUUAA